ACACAGUCAGCUGCUUGAAAUUAAAAAUGUAAACAAAUCCAUAAAUUUUUGACUAAAAUUACCAUAAAUAAAAUGCAACAAUGCCCGACGUUUAACCCAGAGUUCAGGCCUGAGAGAAUCUCUGAUGCAAUAAAACACACAGCAGCAGCAGUAUUGAGGGCAGGGCCAGAUCCAUUGGAAAAAGCAAGCGAGAGGCAGCCAAAAGUGAAAGUUGGGCAGAGAGAAAAAUGCUGAAAAUAGUCUUAAUCAGUGGCAAACGCAAGUGCGGCAAGGAUUAUAUAUCCGAGAGGCUACAGAAGCGCCUAGCGAAUCGCGUACGAAUCGUACGUAUCUCGGAGCCCAUCAAAUCGGAAUGGGCACGCAAGCUGCAAUUGGAUCUCAGCGCCUUGCUCAGCGAUGGCCCCUACAAGGAGCAGUAUCGUCGGGACAUGAUUGUAUGGAGCGAUGAGAUGCGCAGCAAGGAUUAUGGCUACUUUUGCCGUGCAGCCAUGGAGGAGGCGCCUCUGGAUCAGAUCCCUUACGUCAUAGUCAGCGAUGUUCGCCGCAAGAAUGACAUCAAAUGGUUUCGCGAGACCUAUGGCCAGGACAUGGUGCGAACUGUGCGCCUUACCUCCCGCUCAGAGACGCGUCAGGCCAGGGGCUGGACCUUCACCCAGGGCAUUGAUGAUGUGCCCUCCGAAUGUGAUCUGGAUGACUACGAUAGCUUUGACUUUGUUGUGCCUAAUGAAGAUGAGAAUGAUCAGGGAUUUAUAGAUCAACUGUUGGAUAUGUUGCAACUCAAGUAACUGAUUAGAUGUAGCUAUCCAAAAUGUGCUCGAAUAUGUAUUUUUGAUAUCAAAUGUAUUGCAAAUGUUUAAGAUACUCCUAGGUUUACCCACGUUACACAUCACAAAUUAAUUAAGAGGAAUUACUUAAAUAGGGAAAUACAACUAUAUAAUGAUAUCA